AAAAGGGCAGACCAACUGCGGGCCUUCCUCUGACUCGACAGGUAAUGCCUUUCAUUUUAGGUGGUGUAAAUAGAUUGGAGAUGCUCAAAUCUGCGGAUCAUUUCCUUGCUACCGUUUAAGUCAUGCUUCUGAUAAAGCCCCAUCUGUAAAUCGCUCGGGUCAAAGUCACGGGGCCCGCGCUUGUCGGCGUGGUGACGUCAUCGCCCGGAUACACAGACACAGCUCCAGAAUGGCUGGCGCAGUGGGCAGCAGGAGCUGCAAGAAAAUUAGAGGCGCGCAGAUCAGAGAGCUUCUGGAGGCAAAAGCCAACGUCCUCUUUGACUGUGAUGGGGUGAUCUGGGAUGGCGAAAAGGCCAUCCCCGGCGCACCGGAGGUAGUAAGCUUGUUGAAGCAGCAAGGCAAAAGAGUGUUCUUCGUGACCAACAAUUGCACCAGGCCGCGGGAGCUGUACAUGCAGAAGUUUUCGCGGCUUGGGUUUACUGGGGUCGAACAGGAGGAGAUUUUCAGUUCGGCCUACUGCUCGGCGGUAUACCUGAAGGAUUUCGCCAAUCUGCAGGGCAGAGUGUACGUGAUCGGUGGCGAUGGGGUGCAGAAGGAGCUGAAGGAAGCUGGGGUGCCCUUUGUGGAAGGGGAAGUGGACGUUCCUGGGCAGACCAUCUCUGACUGUCUGCUGGAAUCGGAUGUCAAAGCGGUUCUGGUGGGCUACGAUGAGAAGCUGAAUUUCCUUAAACUAGCGAAAGCCUGCUGCUAUCUUCGAGAUGCCGAAUGUCUGUUUGUGUCAACAGAUCCCGACCCUUGGCACCCGGUCCGAGGUGGCAGGAUAACCCCAGGAUCUGGAAGUUUAACAGCAGCGGUGGAAACUGCCAGCAACCGAAAGGCCAUAGUCGUGGGAAAGCCCAGCAAGUUCAUGUUCGAGUGCAUCGCAAGCCAAUUUGAUGUUGACCCUGCCCAGUCAGUCAUGGUUGGUGAUCGGCUGGAAACAGACAUUGUUUUUGGUUCAAACUGUGGGCUUUCAACGAUGCUGACCUUAACUGGAGUGUCCACUUUUGAAGAGGCACAAGCUUAUAUGGAGCGUGACACCCCAGAAACGCAGAGUAUGGUGCCUGAUUAUGUGGUGGACAGCAUUACUGACAUUUUACUGGCACUGAAAGAAUAAAUGAAGUAUCCCAUGAUAAUAUUGAUCAAGAAGAAGCCUCUUAAAAUAAAUGGAGUCCUGGCCUUAUUCACUGUAAUUUUAUGUUGAAUAUUUUUUUAGUAAAUUAUUGUAGUACCAUUAUAUCAUAAAACCAGUGUUUUUCUGAUUGUGAAGUAUCUAUCUGGGUGCCAAAUUUAAAAUGUUUAUACUUGAUGUAGAAACCGUACAACACGUACACACAUACAUACAUACAUUCAUGCUGCAGUCAGAGUGUCUUUAAAUGUUUAUCCCGAGGAACCUUCCUUUAGAGAGAGAGAGAAUAUCUAUGUGUAAAUAAACAAGUACUUAGUAGACAGGUACUGUUAAAGGUUGAAAAGAAGGAAUUUGUUAUAAAAAAAAAAAAAAAAGUGUUCCAGUUUGAAAAGUAUAAAAAAAAACCGGGUAACACUGCUUUUCAAAGUUUAUCCAGAAUAUGUACAUGUGUUUCUCAGCACCACAGAAAUCUGAAAUUGAAGGACCAUAUUCAAUUAAAUGCUAUUCCAUUAUUAAUAAGCUUUCUUGUACUAUAUUUUGGUUAAUUAAAUGAAAAUGAUAAAAUAAAUUAAGAUGGUUGAAUAAAAAUUAUACUUUCUGUUAGCUGCUUUUUAAAUACUAGAAGGGUCCAUAGUGAGAAAAUAACAUUAUGGACACAGUUCAAAAGACUAUUUUGUUUAAGACAUUUCUGUAAUUGUUUGGGUGACAUAACAUACUUAUGGGGGGACAGGGUAAGGUGAAAAUUGAGUAAGACACGCACACACACACACACACACACACACACACACAUUAGUUUAACUGUUUAGCUUCUUUGUGUUUGAAACUCCACAACAGCAAAAUAGCAUACACAUUGUAUACUGUAUCUGUCAUCUUACUCUUCAGAACAGACUUUUCUGUUUUUGAUUUCCUAAAACACAAUAAACCAGUGUAUUAAUUCUGAAAAUGUUUGCACAUGUAAGGAAAGGCAAUAUCAACAUAAUUUAUGUCGUCAGUAUUGGUUAGGUUUAAGAGUUAUAGCAAUGCUGAGAAAUUUCAGUUUUGGGAUUAAUAUAAACACUGGAAAAAAUACUGCACAUUAUGAACCUUUCUUUUCCCCACAGAUGUGGAACCACAUUUUUAGACUGAUGUUUAAUGUAGUGACUGUUUUAAGUGAUACACUGAAGUUCUAAUGUGGAAUUUAUUAUCUUUGAUCAAAUAGGGAAAAAAAAGAAUGAAAAAGGGCUUGUUUGGGUCAGUGGAUUCUUGGCUCAGCUACUGAUUUUUUUGUUGUAUUAACUAUACAAAAUAUAGAGCGACCACAGUGUUUUUUUUCCUAGAGAGCUGUUCACUUCUACAUUUUAGUAAUGUCACAGCAGGUGCUCACAAUUAUUUAAUCAAUGCCAUUAAUAUUUUGCAAUAUCAUAAGUUCUCAUCAAGUAGAUGUCUUAAAGGUGGAAGAAAAUGAUGUUCAUAAUAAAUAAUGUAACUAGCAUAACAUAAAUAAUGGCUUGCCUGUUUAUUGGAGCAAUGUAAUUUUCAGAUAACUGCUAUUUUAAUUUUUUUGUUUUCUGUUAAAUAUUCCUAGUAGGUAUCAAUUUUGGGUGUUGCCUAUGAAUUAAUGUGUAUUUUUGUUUAUUGCAAUUGUAGACUAUAAAUGUGAAACAAGAAAAACGGUCUCGUUCUGUUUACAUUACAAAUGAAAAAGUACUGUACAGUGUAUACUGUCUUAUAAGGCAGCAUUGAACUGUGAAAACUUGCCUAUAGUUUCUAGCUAUAAAAUUCACAAUUUUAGCAGAGAAAAAAUGUGUACAGGUAGGGCAUUUUAAUAGUUUUCAAAAUUAAAAUAAACCAGGGAUUUUUCUUUUUCUCAUAAUGCUGAUAUUAAAUUGCUAGUCAUUUUAUUACUUAGCUGUUUUUUGUUUUGCUAACCAACAGAUUUAAAGCAUUCUUAUGGCACACUGCAAUUUAACCAUACUUUCUCACCAAUAAUCUGAGAUUUAAAAGUCAUUCCAGACUAAAGACUUUUUUUUCUUUAUUGUUAAUUUCUCAUACACCUGUACAUGAAACCAACUAUUAUUUUAUCGCACAUACGUUUUGUUUAAAAGCAUUAAUAAGGAGGCAGAAAUUAAUUUAUUGCAUCCUUGUGACACAUUGUGUAAUCUCUUCCCAAAUGCUUUAAAUAGUGUAAUGGUUAAAGUCUAAGGUCCAUAAUUUAAUUGGAGAAUGCAUAGUUAUCUCAUGUAAAGUUAAACAGUUUGAAAGGCACAAACAGUAUGCAGAAUUGAACAAAACGAGUGAUUGGAAUUCCAUUUUUGUAAAAUUUUUUUUAAAUAUUCAUUUACUUACAGUCAAUUACUGGAAUUUUAUAAUUCUGGCUGUGACUCUGUGGUGUUUUUAGAAGUGAAAAGGCAAAUAGUUUUUUUGAUAUGUCAUGUAUCACCAAACAGAAAAACAAAAAAAAAUGUAAUGUGUUCUUCCCUUCACUUCAAGUGUAUUGCAUUUUGUGACAUUUGAAAUUAGUUUGGGGACAAAUUAAGAUCACUUCACCUUGCAGAACAAGUCCUCAUAAGUGAAUAAUAUUUGUAUUUGAAGUGUUUUGAAGUACAUUACAUCUUAAAAUAUUCAAAUAAAAAUAAUAAAGAGUUUUAAGAUUCUCAGAACUUAUUUACAGUGUUGCACUUGUAUUUUCCCUUCUGGGUGUGGCAGUCAUUUUCCGUUGUGCUUGUUAACCCAAGCUUUAUUUUAUUUUAUUGUGUAAAUGAGACCCAUAGAGUGCACUAACUUUGUCUUUUGCCUAACCGGGUAAAUCAUAUGAAUGAAGAUAUCUAGGUUGUCAGUAACCUACUCUGCUUUAUUGGAUUGUAAAUAGGCUGGAGACAGCUUCAUGUAAAUCAUCUUUAAACAUUGUGCUGCCUAAUGAGGGAAAUGCCACACCUCUUAAUAUUUAUGAUCCAGAUGUAAUACAUGUCUUAAUUUCCAAAGUACUGUAUAAUUUAGCAGAUGUGUUUUUUUUAUUUAUUGUUCUCAUUGUUAACUUUUUGUAUGAAUAUUGCAGAACAACAUUAUUGGGUAUAGUCUGUGCCUUGUAGAAUUAAUUUCAUAAAUUGGUAUUUAAAAAUAGAAUAUGGUUAGUUGCAUUGAUUUGUUAUGAUGUGCUUCCCAUUAAUAUUUGCUAUGGGUAUGUAAUUUAUUUUUUUCAUUUACGAGUACUUUGGUCACAUUCACAUCUCUGUUCAUAAAUGACUACUGGUUACUUAACAGCAUGUUAAAAGGAUGUGAUGUACCUGUGAAUAAAUAAACUAUAUGAACAUAA